UGGAAAUAGGUAAAUAAAAAUAUCUAGGUACCUACUUAGUUAGAGUUAGAAAAUAUCAAAAUUAGGAAAUAAAAAUGUUGCCUAUGAAAUGUUUUAGUAGAUUAAAUUGUAAUUUAAUUAGUAGGAGAAUUAUUAGCCUGAGUUGCCCAGUUUGUCACACACAUUCUAAUCAAACUUUACCUCAGAUUUUUACUGGACAAAUGGACAGAUUCAAUGGCAUUACUAUAGAUUCUUCUUCAGAAAAAUUGGUUGAUAAAGAUUAUUUUUCUCGCAAACUUGACGAAUCUCUGGCUAAAUGGACCGAAGAGCAAAGGAGGUGUAUUUGGUUUAAAGUUAAUAUAAAAGACUCUAUGCAGGUUCCUAUAUUGGCGCAAAAAGGGUUUAAUUUCCAUCAUGCCAGAGAUGACUAUGUGAUGAUGUUCAAAUGGCUGCCACUGGAUUGCGAGCCCAAUUUGCCUCCAGCUAGCCAUACCAACCUAGGAGUGGGUGGCUUGGUAUUCAACAAUAAGGACCAACUCUUGGCUGUAUCUGAAAAAAAUUAUACUUACGGACAUUGGAAACUACCUGGGGGUUAUGUUGAGAGAGGGGAAGAUAUCAUAGAUGCUGCUGUAAGAGAAAUAAAAGAAGAGACAGGAGUAGAUGCAGCAUUUCAGUCCUUAAUCACCUUCAGACACGUACACGACAUGAUGUUCGGAAAUUCCGAUAUUUAUGUACUGUUGAUGAUGACUGCCUUAUCUGAAAAAAUAUCAAAAUCUGAAAGAGAAGUUCAAGAAUGCAAAUGGAUGAAUAUAGAGGAAUAUGUAAAUCAUCCAAAUGUUUCUGAAUUUAAUAGACUUGUUGUACACAAAGCACUUAAAUAUAAAAGUAAAAACCUCAAAAUGGAAUUUAAGAAAAGGACUUUUAAAUGGCCAACAUUUGUUAGGGUUAUUAAUUUCUUAAAUGUUGAAAUUUAAUUGGAUAAAUUAAAUAAAUUAUUGCUUGUCGCCCCAGGCGCAUAGUGCGCUAUGCGUGACGACAUUAUGAAGAAGACGACAGAAUUAAGUGACUUCUAUUUUUAAUAUCCAGGGCAGGGUAUAUAAAUGCUUAAAAUGGUAUAUAUAUAUAUAGACAUUUUAUUUAUUGUUUUGUAUUAUAUUGUACAAUGUCACUGUAUAAUGAUAUCGAAUACUAUUUAUAUUAGAUGAUAUAAUUCAAAGAAUGUAUAAAACGGUGUGUUGGGUAUAUAUGUUUAUUUAGAAGGAAUUAAAUGUAUACUUACGUUUUUA